CGCACUCGCGGGUAUUCGGCUCCGCGGCUCCCCCGGCAACGCGCAAGCGCAGUUCCGACCCGGGCUGCCGACUCCCGCUCAUUGUGUUCCGCCUGCGAUGUGGCGGUUGCGGUUCCUCGCCGCGGGCAGAGGCUCCUUGAAGGGCAAUCCGGUGGUGACCAGGUGUGUAGAAGUUUCUAGCCUAAGUCCUGCUCUGCCAGUCCCUGAAAGGGCUUAUCAAAGAAGGAAUGGCCGUCAGGCACCUGCCAACCAUGGUCCAGGAAUCAGUGACCUUCAAGGACGUGGUCGUGCUCUUCACCCGGGACGAGUGGGCACAGCUAAGCCCUACUCAGAGGGCCCUUUACAGGGAUGUGAUGCUGGAGAACUACAGCAACCUGGUUUCACUGGGACUCUUAGGACCUCAACCAGAGCUGUUUUCCCAGCUGGGAAAAGGAGAAGAAUGGAUGCUGGAGGAUGCAUCGGGAAGCUUCUGUCUUGACUGGAUGACUAUGCCCGUGAGUAAGAACUCUCCUCUCAAGGCGGAUAUUCCUGACGAAGACUUGGAUCAGUGGAUGAUAAAGAAAGGAUUUGCUAGAGAUAGUCACUGGAAAUAUGAUGGCCUGUUGGAAUGGCAGCAUGGAGGCCAGGGGGUCCUUGCUCACCAGAAAACCCCCUCUGUGCUCAGCGCCCAGGCCAGGGAUGAACCUGGGAAGCACUGCACUGUGAUCUCAUCUGUUGUUCAGAGUCAGGGAUUUCAAUCUACCAAAAAAGCCUUCGAGUGUAGUGAGUGUGGAAAAGUCUUCACUAAGAAUUCAACCCUUAAUAAACAUCAGAAAGUUCAUACUGAAAAACUGAAUGCAAAUCGGAAAACUGUUAUUAAAGAGAAACGAUAUGAAUGUAGAGAAUGUGGGAAAGCCUUUCACCAGAGUACACACCUCAUCCACCACCAAAGAAUUCACACUGGCGAGAAACCGUACGAAUGUAAGGAAUGUGGCAAGGCCUUCUCCGUGAGCUCCUCACUCACUUACCAUCAGAAAAUUCACACUGGAGAGAAACCUUUCGAAUGCAAUCUAUGUGGGAAAGCUUUUAUCCGAAACAUACACCUUGCCCACCAUCACAGAAUACACACUGGAGAGAAACCUUUUAAAUGUAACAUAUGUGACAAAGCCUUUGUGUGCAGGGCACAUCUUACCAAACACCAGAAUAUUCAUAGUGGAGAGAAACCCUAUAAAUGUAAUGAAUGUGGGAAAGCCUUUAAUCAGAGUACAAGUUUUCUUCAGCAUCAAAGAAUUCACACUGGAGAGAAGCCCUUUGAAUGUAACGAAUGUGGAAAGGCCUUCAGGGUGAACUCUUCCCUUACUGAGCAUCAGAGGAUUCAUACUGGAGAGAAACCUUAUAAGUGUAGUGAAUGUGGGAAAGCUUUCAGGGAUAAUUCAUCCUUCGCUCGACAUCGGAAAAUUCAUACUGGAGAGAAACCUUACAGAUGUGGUUUGUGUGAGAAAGCGUUCAGGGAUCAGUCAGCCCUAGCCCAACAUCAGAGAAUUCAUACUGGGGAAAAACCUUAUACAUGUAAUAUGUGUGAGAAAGCCUUCAGUGACCAUUCAGCCCUCACUCAACAUAAGAGAAUCCACACCAGGGAAAAACCUUACAAAUGUAAAAUCUGCGGGAAAGCCUUUAUUCGAAGCACACACCUUACUCAACAUCAGAGGAUUCACACAGGAGAGAAGCCCUAUAAAUGUAAUAAAUGCGGGAAAGCUUUCAACCAGACUGCAAACCUCAUUCAGCAUCAGAGACAUCAUGUUGGAGAAAAGUGAUAGGAUUAUAGUUUACAUGGCAGAGCUUUGAGACUGAGUAUGUUAAUUAUUGAGUGUAAGAGAAUCCAUUCCAGAGAAUAGCCAUGAAAGCCUACCUGAAGAUGGAAUUUUUAUUUACGGAGAAUCCAGCUUCACGGUAUUGUGGGUUUGAGAAUUUAAGAAUGGCAUGCCCUCCUAGUUCAGAACUGCCUCGAUUGAAUACCAGUAAUGUUUAAUUAGUCUGAAUUAUCAAAUAUCAUAACCAAAAUGAAGCUUCAUUAACAACAUAGAAAUUAGAUUAUCAAAUUUAUAUUUUGACUCUUAAGAGAAAUUAUAAAAUUGUAAAAGACCAGGUUGAGAAGCAAAGGAACAAAAAAGAAAAUGGUCUAUAAGCAUUUCACUCACUUCUUUUAUAUAAGAGGGUUUCUACUUUUCAAUGGAACCCUUUGUUCUCACCCACCCACUUUCCCGGUAUAAGGAAAGUGCAGUCACCAUGCAUUGGCCCCAGAGUUACUUAAAUUAUUUUUCCCACCUUCUGCUUCAAACCAUCUUCUCAGAUUUCCCUGACUUGGGUGUCCACUGGCUGCUUACCCAUAUUCUCCUUCUGGGACAACUCAUUUGAAUGGUGUGUCCCUCUUGAUUUAGCACCUCCUAACUGGUGACAUUGUGUCACUUAUCAUCACCCCAUUUGCCCUUGGGGAAUGUGGUGAUCUGGCCUCAUAAACAGUCCAUGAUUCUGGGAUAUCACACCCAGACCCAGCAUUCAGAACUCAGGAGCCCUGGGAGGCAGAGGUCGAUCAAACUUCUUGAGUUCCCCAGUUCCUCUGGGCCUCACCUUGACUCUGACACUGGGAUGGUACCUUAAAGUAGGGGCUUAGUUUGUGUAGACAUUACCUCCAAUUGUUCCUCGCUGUACUUACCCCACACACAGCAGUCAGGGGACUGCUCAGCUUCAGAUGUGAUAAUCCAAACGUCUAGCAGUGUUCUAGGCCCCCUCCGCUUCUGUGACUUGCCAUUUCCUAACAUGCAGCUGACACAAGUUAGAGCCCCAAAGCCACUUCUCAAAGGCCCUGACCCCCUCUCUUGCCCUUGGCUGUCAGUCCUCUGUGACCACUGCACUAGAGUAUAUAUUCAUUACCCCCAGAAUAUUAACUGCUGCAUCCUGGUCCCUGACCUUCUGUCCAAUUUUCUGAAGGUCUAGACUGUGUUCACAGGACAAACAGCUUGGAAUUUAUGCUUUGGCAUUUGAAAGUGGGCAUUUCCUCUCCUCCAUCUGGGUAUUCUACUAUUUAGAGACUGUCCCAUUCUGACAGGGGUGAGCUAUCUGUAGAGUAAUUCCGUGGGUGAAGAAGUUGAGAGCAUCAUGACAUUCUCUGGCAGGGCAUUGUCCAUGCCCAAAAGUUUUAGCAAUACUCUAUUCCUGCAGGUACAGUUCCUUCUUCAUCUUUGGUUCCUCACUACUCUCAGUAGAAAUCACAGAGAUAAAAUAACGUGUGCCUCCACACACACAGCCGCUGGUAGCGCGGUCCCCUUCCCCACCACAAAGGAUGGGGAGCCCACACUGCAAACUGGAACACACCACAUCAUGAAGACGGAAGAGCAAGUCAACCGUUGUUCUGGGAGACGGAGUGGCAAGUUCUUAGUCCGUGGAGGUGCAGAAGAGGAUAGUCUGUAUCCUGGUGGAAUCAGUAGACUCCAGGUUGAACACAGACUUGGAAGCUUCCAGCCACUCUAAAGCCUAAGUUCUCUAAAUUCAGCUUCCAUUGAAUAAAGGCCGCCAGUGUGGGCAGGCAUCUCCUGUGGGGGGGAUCAGCAGCUCAUACUUUCUCCCCUGCUAAGCUGCAGGUAAAGCAGUAUUUCAAGGGGUGACUUGGAGCUCUUUGUAUGCUGGGCCCACACGUGUUCAUCUGCAGCCUCACAGGGCUGGAGACCCCAGAUUCCACAAGAAACCCAAAAACUCGCUCACUGCUACAGAUCCCUGCCUUCAGUACUAGCCAUAGGGCCUGCCUGGUCCUAAACCUUGAAUCCCUGUGGAACACUGCUCAGCUGAGUUCAUUGUUCAUUUUGUUUGUAUUUAAUGAGAGCUAAUGCCACGGGUCCUGUGCCUGCAGUUGAGCCGGGGCCGAGACCGGCUGCCCUCUGAGAGCCUCCUCCAUCCCGGGGAUGGCUCCAGCAUCUGUUCCUGCACCACAGUCCGUGCAGCCUGGGCUUGCUCCCUGCCCUAUCAGCGCACCCAUGACUACGCCAUCGCAGGAUAAUGAUUGAGCCAGUCUCCCUACCCCCUCGCCGGAACUAGAGAGAGAGAGGAGCCAGAGAAGCAGACCUAGACCCCACCUCCCACAUCUGACACAUCAGAGCUCCCCUGGCCUACUGUGGAAUCGCCCAGUAGGCAAACCCAGUGGAAGGGCCAAUUCCACUCUGCCUGGGGGAAGGUUUGAGAAGAGGAUUAGCACCGUAAACUUUGUUAAAAAUCAUCAUUGUCUGUGGGCUCCCAUGAAUACCCCUGAAACUGCCAGCUCUUGGGGGAAAAAUAAUUGCUCCAGUUUCCCCUUUCACAUUCCUCCAAUGCUGUCUUGUCAGGUCGCCCCAUCUCCAGGUGAUACUCUGGGCACCUGGCUUCUCCCUCGCCGACUGAGCUUGCCUCACUGCCAGCAGUGUCUGCCCAAGAUGUUGCCUUCCUCCACAUUCUGGGAUAUCACACCCAGACCCAGCAUUCAGAACUCAGGAGCCCUGGGAGGCAGAGGUCGAUCAAACUUCUUGAGUUCCCCAGUUCCUCUGGGCCUCCACAUUCAGCAACAGCUUUUAGAAUGGCACCGUGACCCUCAGCGGACUAGGGCUUCCCGGUUUCAGUGCCUGAGCCUCAGAGUCUUGGAACAAAACAGCCCUAAAUUGCAUGCAUCUUUGGUUGAGAAAACAACUUAAUUCCCUUGAACAUGAAUUUAGUCUAAGUGCAUAGCCUCCAGCCAUCCUCUUCCCUCUGCACUUUGCCCUCCCCUCCCUUUCACUGGAUUAGCCAGCAAGGCAAUGUGGACACAGGAAACACUCCCACCCUACUCUAGCCUGCAGUUGGGAGAGGUCCCAGCUUCUAGCCCCACCUCAACUCCUGCUAAAUAUAUUUUUGGUAGUAUUUUUACCUUUAGUAUUUUUAUACCAGUUUGUGAAGGGAAAAAGAAAAUACAAAGUUUGAUUGUUUCCCAUCA